AUGUUCUUGACUUACUGCAGUAGUUUUGCUUUCAAGCUCAGCCAUGUAUAUUGUUUCUCACUGGUGCAAAAGUUGGAGACCAUUAUUCAGAGCAAAGAAGGAUGCCAUGCUGGGAAGUUCCAUGCCAAUGUCUCCCAUGUCUCACAAUCUAUUCCUACUACUGAUGAUACCUAUGUAUGUAACUUUGAAUAUCACUCAAUUUGUCUGGGUCUCAGUGCCCUCAUCUAUAAAGUGGUAGUGAUAACAGUGAUGGUAGUGGUGGUGGCAGUGGCUGUGGCCGUGGCAGCAGAAGCAGAAGCAGUUGCAAGCAAUCUCAGAAGCAACGAUGCAGUGGUGGAGACUGCCGAGGCGGACAUCACGGAGCUGUGCCAGGACACGUUCUCCAAAAUGGCCACGUCCCUGACAGGCGAGCUGCCGGCUUCCAGUGAAGACUAUAAACUUCUGGAAAAUAUGAACAAACUGACUAGCUUGAAGUACCUAGAAAUGAAAGAUAUUGCAGUAAACAUAAGUAGAAACCUAAAGGACUCAAACCAGAAAUAUGCAGCACUUCAGCCUUAUCUGGAUCAGAUCACUUUAAUUGAGGAGCAAGUAGCAGCUCUUGAGCAGGCAGCCUACAAGUUGGAUGCAUGUUCAAAGAAACUAGAAGCAAAGUACAAGAAGUUAGAGAGGCGAUGAACGCUUCUCCAGCACAAAGACGGACUCCAGGAAUGACUGUG